GCAUACUACUUGCCUUAGAAGUACAAGGCUUUUUUGGUAAUUUGGCUUCUUCGAAUCAGAUACUCUCCUAUUCCGUUAUUGUUUCGGAGAAAUGGAAGAGAAAUAUAACCCGGCGACAGGAGUGGAGUCUCGACAGAUUCUCUGACGAAUUGUGGCGCCUUGAGGCUCAUUCAUUGAAAUUCCUAAGACACAGAUCAAAUGGAAGAGGGUGACAUUCAUGCAAGGAGAUGGGAGGACCUAGAUAAUGAUAUAUUGGUCAAAAUAUUGCAGUCAUUUGACGUGUUUGAAUUAACAUCUGGCAUUGCUCAUGUUUGCAGUGCAUGGCGUAUGGCUUGUUGUGAUCCUCUUCUCUGGAAAACACUUGAUUUGUCAAUGCUGAAAUCAAAUUUCAUCAGAAUCCCCCUAGAGCCAUAUGUUUAUGUGCAUGGCCGUUCUGAUAAGAAUUUGACUCGUCUAUUGAAGAUAUCGUUGAGUUUAAGUCGAGGAAAUCUAAGGACAUUAAUUUUUCACUUCAACUUAUAUGUGAGUGACGAUCAGUUGACUUAUACUGCUGAAAGGUGUCCACGGCUCAAACGACUUGUUCUUCCAGCUUGGAACAGAAUAAAGAAGACUGGAAUAUGCAAAGCUAUUCGUAUGUGGAGAGAACUUGAGUCUUUGACAAUGCCCAGCAUAGCAAAUCCUCCGUACUUCAUAGAAGAAAUAUCCAGAAAUUGUGAGAACUUUAGCGAACUGAAGAUCAUGGGUCCUUUUGACAUCUACUUUGCUUCAACAUUAGCUGCGUAUCUUCCUAGACUUAAAGUUCUUAGCCUCCGAUGCUCAAUGCUAAUCAAAGAUGCCCUGAUCAUCAUCUUGGAUAGCUUGCAAAGCCUAGAAGUGCUCAACAUAUCGCAUUGUCUACUGAUAGAUAUUCAGCCACCUCCCUCCCAAAAAAUCGUUAUUAAGAAGCUAGAUGAAUCUAUCUUGGAGAAGGCGUCUCGGCUGCGGGAAUUUAUUACUUGUAUGGAUGAUUCGUGCUUUAUGUGCGAACGGACCAAAAAUGAUGAAGGGCUUAUGAGGUGGUAUAAGUAUGAGGAAGGACUGUGGAAAGCAGAUGAAGUUAGGUCUCUUGCUCUUUAGUUAGAGCAUUCUGAUACUGUAUAUUAGUGGGUUAGAAGGCUAUUCAUGGUGAUUUUAUUGCCUUCUUGGUUCUUUCUUUUCUCUUCAUAAGCGUUUGUAGUCUAUAACAUAAUAAAACACUGUUGAAUGUUAAAAUCCGUCGUUUUCUGUCGAUGGAGGGGCGCCGGUUUGGUCCAUGUUAUUGCCCCGGGCGAGAGGCUUUGAUGUGUAUCUGUUAUAUAGCAUGUGUAUAUGAUUGCUCCUUUCAGUUGUUCAUA